GCUGCCAAGAUGGAGAAGAGGCAAAAUUUAGUCUUGACCUUCCAUAAUCCCAAGGCUCCCAAAAUUCAGGGGAACCGGAAAUACCAAAGGCCUACCCUCCCCGUCAGCAAACAUCUGAAUGUCACGAUGCCACCCCAGAGGCGGCAGCAGCAUGUGGAUCAGACACACAUCUACAUCCGAAUGUUCUGUGGCAGCCUGUGUGGUUUUGGUCUCCUAAUGUUGAUCUGCUCAACCCCACUGAGCUGGGUGCAAUUCCUGGUGAUCAAGAAUGGCUUUGAGCUCUACGCAGGACUCUGGAUCUCAUGCAGCCAUGAACUGUGCUGGAGCGGCACACCCAAACCACCCUAUUACCUUCAAAUUUCCAGGGCUUUCUUCCUCAUCUCUCUCUUCUCCAUAGUCGUUGCCCUUGCCUGGCUCAUCAGCUCUUGCCUGCCCAGAAGAGGAGGCUUAAUCACCAACUUGGAUCUGAAGGUCUCCAUGCUCAGCUUCAUUGCAGCCAUCUCCCUGCUCCUCUGCCUCGUCCUAUUUCUGGCACAGGUUCACUGGCAUGCUAAGGAUGCCUUGGAGCCUGAUUUCCUAUGGGCCUAUCAUAUUAAUUGGUGGAGUGACUUCUUAUACACGUUUUCUGGGAUCAUCUCCUUCCUCAACCACAUAACUUUCAGACUUCCUUCCCUUGAUCGAAAUGUCAGUGCAGUUCCCAAAGAGCAGUCAAGGCUGGGGGUUGGCCCAGUGACUACAGUAGUACCUGAUGAAGAUGAAAGUUUAAGGUCUGAUAUGGAAUCUACAAUUGAGGAAGAGAAAACAACCCCAGAAUCAGAGUCAGAACAGUCAUGGUGAUAGGAAAACCCAACUACUACUUGUCUUAAAAACGGAGGAGAGGCUGAACUGGAAAUGAUGGUGCAGAUUCUAGGAAACUCUCCUAAUAUCAUGUCCACGUUACUGAAGGAGAAAGCAUUAAACCUGCUGA